UGCUUUGUCUUCUUUCAGCAACCCUAAAGAUGUCAGUUUUCCGGCCAGGACUCUUCAAAGGGAAGGUGGCACUGGUGACUGGUGGUGCCACUGGUAUUGGAAGAGCCAUUACUGAGGAACUUCUUUCUCUAGGUUGUAAGGUUAUGAUUGCAUCAAGGAAAGAGGACAGACUAAGAGCAGCUCAGAAGGAGAUGGAUCCUAAAGGGGAUAUUCUACAUACAACAGUGUGCAACAUUAGACAAGAAGAUCAGGUCAGGAACCUGAUAUCUACUACAAUAAAGGAACUGGGCAGAAUAGAUUACCUAGUGAAUAAUGGUGGUGGACAGUUCCCUGCCCCAGUGUCCAACAUGAGCCUCAAAGGAUGGAAUGCUGUCAUUGAAACUAAUCUAACAGGAACAUUUCUCAUGUGUAGGGAAACAUACGAGCAGUGGAUGAGUGACCAUGGUGGUGUGGUAGUGAACAUCAUUGCUGAUAUGUUCCGAGGUUUUCCAAUGAUGGCACACACUGGAGCUGCUCGUUCUGCUGUUGAUAACUUGACCAAGAGCUUAGCAGUUGAGUGGGCACAGAGUGGAGUGCGCAUAAAUUCAGUAGCUCCAGGGAGCUCCAUCUACUCACCCACAGCAGCAAGGAACUACAAUGAAGAUAAUAUUUUUGAAAGAGCCCGUGCUGGCAUUCCUACAAAGCGUCUUGGCACAACACAAGAAAUUGCAAGUGCUGUGUGCUUCCUGCUGUCUCCAGGUGCUGCUUUUAUAUCAGGUGAAACUUUGAAGGUGGAUGGAGGGGGCAGCCUUUACUCACCCCUCAUGUGGCAGAUUUCAGAGCACAAGAAUUUACCAGCUUAUCAGUGGACAUACAAACCUCCUGAGGAAGAAGAAGAAAGUGAUUCUCCUACCAAAGCCAAGCUGUAGAAAUGGUUUUGAAGCAGCAGCUAUACAAAUGUUCCUCUGGUAAACCAUGUACAGAUCUUCAAGGUCUUCUUUUGGAAAUAUUCUACAUUGUCUUCUUUUUUAAAGAAAUAUCAAAGAAUGGUACUGUUUCAGAUGAUCUAUUGCAGGAAUGGUUGGGAUUUUUUUCUUUCUUUUUCUCUUUCUUUCUUUCAUUCUUUUCUUUUUAAGUAAUAGUAUUUACAGUACCCUUAGCUUAGCAUCCAACUUGAAUACUUUGUAUAUAUGGGUUAAGAAUAUUUUUAGAAUAAAUAUAUGCAAUUAA